GUUUGCCUCGGGAGCAGGUCUCAGCUGGAGCCGCAGGCCGGAGCCUCCUUGUCUCUCCUCUGGCCCAGUGGUGGCGGGGACCCGAGCUGCUGGGGUCCGAGCCCCGCGCCCGCCAGUCAUGGUGGGUCACCUGCAUCUGCAGGCCAUGGGGGGCACGCGGGAGCAGAGCCGCGACGGCUUGCUGGACAGUCCCGACUCAGGACUGCCCCCCAGUCCCAGCCCUAGCCCGCCCUUCUACGCCCUGUCGCCGGGCACGCUGGACACCCGUGCCACCACUGAAACUCCAGCGGCCACUUCCCUCUUCCAAAAUCCCCCAGCCCUGGAGAUGAGGUCGAGGCUGCUGCCCGUGUUCUUUGGGGAGAGCAUCGAGGUGGACCCAGAACCUGCACAUGAAAUCCGCUGCAACUCUGAGGUCACCUAUGCCUCAGAGAGAUACUUCCGCGACAAGAUCUUCUACGCUCCGGUGCCCACGGUCACAGCCUACAGCGAGACCAUAGUGGCGGCGCCCAACUGCACGUGGCGGAGCUACCGCAGCCAGCUGACCCUGGAGCCCCGCCCACGGGCCCUGCGCUUCGGAAGCACCGCCAUCAUCUUCCCCAAACUGGCCCGCAGCUCCUUCCGCACCACGCUGCACUGUAGCCUCGGCCAGCCACGGCACUGGUACUCCUCCAGCCUGCAGCUGCAGCGGUGUGGGGACCCUGCACCCAGUUCCAGUGGCCCUGAUGUACUCUGAAGAGCCCAGUGUCAGAGGAGGAGCUGAGUGUGGGAGAGGUCCAGGAAAGAUGGCCAGGCUACCACCACAGGCUAGGCUGGCCGUGCCUGAGCUCUUGCCUAGAGGAUCCCGUGAAUGCAUCUUUCAUUAGCCUUAUACAGGCUCUGUGGGCUCAUGGGCAGGGCCAAGCAUGUCCUGGUGUGCCCUUGAGGCAAAGACGGCCCUAUGUACCACAGGACACAGGGCACUCAGCCACGGUCUGGCUCGAAACCUCAUUCUUGGAGAGGCUCGUUUCCAAAAUAGGUCAUUAAAAAAAAAAAAAAACCGCUCAUCCCAGCUGAGAACCGCAGGUGCAGAGGGCAGAGCUAGCUUACCCUGAACUGAGAUGGGAGAGGCUGGGGGUACCCUGAACACAUAGUCUGCUGUGCAGGGCGGCCCACGUGCCCCCACGAGACGCAUCUCUUGAGCCUCAAAGCUCUCUGGCAGGUGCUCAGGGAGGCUUCAAAGCAAAUGACGGGACAUGUCCAAUAACUGCCCAUGGCUGACUCUGGACUUGAGCCUACCGCAGGGCUCAGAACCGCAAGAGAAACCGUGUUGGAUUUUCUUGGCCUCCCGUCCUUACUUAGCAUGGAUUCUACAACUACGCCAGUUUCGGCUCUUGCUCACAACCUGGUGCUGUCCCCUGGUGCCCAGGCUAAAACAAGUCUCCGAGUUCACUUAGAGGUGAAGAUGUCCCUUUACCUCAACUGUCCAGUAGCUGGAAACCUGCCUCCUGCCUCCAUGGUGGCCCAGAGGGAAGGGACGCUCUUUGUGGAGCAACUAGAACUCAAAUGAUUGAUAGAUUUCUGUCGAUCUAUUAGCUUAGCCGAGGUGCCCCCCUGAUUAAAGAACAGCUUAAGAAAUUAGUGAAUUAUCUUAAUAAAAUGUACCCGCACAGCC